AUGAACAAACGCAGUGCGACGCCUUCACCAAUCAACAUGCUGACGAAGCUUUUCAUUGUUAUCAAAGUGGCUUAUCGAAAUCAACGUAAGAUCUUCUCAACUUCCUUAAAAAAGAGUUGUUUGAAGUGAAAGUUUGCACGCAAAAGGCACAGCACGACCUUCGGUUCGAAGAGAACAUUGACGCGUUUUCGAUGGGCGGCGAGCAGCACGGCCGCAUCAGUCCGACUAACGAAGGUAAGACUCCUUUGCAACGUCGCCGAGGAUCUUCCGGCUGCAGACCGCGCCGAGCUGGGCCACAGCGCUGACUGGAACAUCGAGACUGUGAUCGAUUGGCGCAAGAUUGUGUCCAUGUACUACCAGAUGAACGGCAAGAAAGACGACGUCGCCGAGCAACCCCCUUGA